GAGAUAGAAUAUAUUAACUUAUUCAGAAUGCUAAAGGUGGGAAGGCACGAGGGAUUCAAGGUGUGCAGGUCGAACGUCCUCCUGAGUGUAAGCAGCAGUAACCUUGUGGUUGCAUGCAGCACUAUUUGGAGGCAUCAAUUAUAUUGUCAAAGAUUGUUGCUGCCUGGCUGCCUAGGGAUACUGCUCUACCCAAACAUUACUGAUAUCACUUGGAUGGGAUUCUGCCCUUGGGCAAAAGAAUGUGGAAGGAAAACUUCCUGACAGUCGGGAUGUUAUUUCAGCAGAAUCUGGGAUCUACAGAGGCAGCAACAAUUUGGGACGUAACUUUCGGGGUACAGAGCAACCAAACAGGCCCUUAAUUCUUGAUUUUGGGGUCAAGGUAAAGAGUUCAAGCCAUUGUUAAUAACCGAGCAGAUUUUAU